AUGGAGCACCAUAAAGAUCCAAUUAGUGUCCGUAUUGCCCGAGUAAACGCCGAAAUUUUAGGAUCAGCUCCUAAAAUAAAUAAACCAAAUCUACUAUCACGAGAAACUCUUUUAGACAUUUUACAAGCCUUAUAUGAAGAAUGUUGCUUAGAAUCUUUACAAAAAUACGAUUCAAACAUUGCACAAUUUGUCCAAAAGUACAAAGAAACUAUAAAGGAAAUAAAAAGAUUGAGAGUUAAUAUUACAGAUUUCGAAAUAAAAAACGUUAUCGGUAGGGGUCAUUUUGGGGAGGUACAUUUAGUUAAAGAAAAGCAAACUGGAGACGUGUAUGCUAUGAAAACAAUGAAAAAAUUCGACAAUGAAUUGAGCAGAAUUAGUUUUGAAGAAGAGAGGAAUAUAAUGGCUUUUUGCAAUUCGCACUGGUUGACUUCACUUCAAUAUGCAUUUCAAGAUACUACAUAUUUGGUUUACAUAAUGGAGUAUCAUCCAGGAGGAGACCUUCUAGGGUUGCUGUAUAGACAAGGUGGUACUUUACCUGAAAGUGCUGCUACGUUUUAUCUGGCUGAAAUGAUUUUAGCUUUGGAAGACCUACAUUUGAUGGGAUAUGCUCAUAGAGAUAUUAAACCUGACAACAUACUUCUAGAUCGUUGUGGUCAUAUAAAAUUGGCAGAUUUCGGUUCAGCUGCUAAACUAAAUGAAAAUGGUUUAGUCACUGCUGGGCCACCUGUUGGAACUCCCGAUUAUGUAGCUCCAGAAGUUUUACAAUGUUUGGAUGGAAAAGAUGGAAAGAACAAUGGCUAUGGGGUUUCCUGUGACUUCUGGUCUCUAGGUAUUCUAGCUUAUGAACUUACAAUUGGAAAUACACCAUUUACAGGCCAAAAUUCAACCUCCAUUUAUUCAAAAAUCAUUAACCACAACAACAGUUUAAAAUUUCCACCAGACCUAGUGAUAUCUCAAGCCUAUGUCACUCUAAUAAAAUCUUUAGUAACGGACCCAAACUCAAGACUGAAUUUAAAACAAAUUAAAAGCCACAGUUUGUUCAAGAAUGUCACUUUUGAUACUUUAAGAGAACAGGUACCUCCUUAUGUACCGAAGAUAACUUCUAUAGAAGACACUAGCAAUUUUAAUGACUUGGGUACAAAGAAAAAGAACCCUAACAUGGACUCUUUCAAAAAGCGCACUCAAUUUUCUGGAAGGAAUCUACCUUUUGUCGGUUUUACUUUCACCCAUGAUUUGGAAUGUUUCGAAAGGACGUUUGAAAGGAAACUUUUAACCAAAGACAAUGUAGUAGAAGGUUUUAAAAAGGAAAUAGAAACCCUACGAAAAAAUUUAAUUUUGAAUGAGAGUUUUGGGAAAGAAAAAGAGAGUUUGGAGAUGAAGUUGGAAGAGAAAACGCGAAAAUUGGAAAGUAUACAGAGUUUGAGAGAUAGGUUGGAAAGAGAGCUGGCUUCGAGUAUGGCAGAAAAUACGGCUUUAAAACGAACCUUGGACCUAGAACGCAAAGAACGCACUGAACUUGAAAAAAAAGCUUUGGAUCUCAUAAAAUCCGCGAAACUGAAAUGGGAAACAUCAGAAAAAUCAAAAGUAGAAGCAUUGAAAUUGGAAUUAGAACAACAAAAAGUAAAAAUUACUGAACUAACGACGACAAACAAGAUGUUAAAUGAACAAUUACAACAUGCUUUAAAAUUGGAAAACAAGCACAAGGAAAGUUUAGAAAAAGUAGAGCUUUUGAGUAGAAGGAGUGUUAUUGGACUUGAAUCUAGGUUAGGCCGUGUUACAAGUGAAACACAAGGAACUAUUACAGACCUACAAAAAAAAUUAACAGAAGAAAUACACCAACGAAACCUAAUUGAAAACAAAUUAUCUGAUGUGAAGGAAAAAGAAAGAUCGCUGAAAGAAAAAUUGAAAAAUUCCGAGAAAGAUUUUGACUACUGGAAAUCAAAAAUUGAAGAAGCCGAAUCACAAGUGAGAUCUCUAAAUGAACAAGUUACUGGUUUAGAAAAAGAUGUAGAAAAGAUUGAUGAAUAUAAGAAUGAAAUAUCAAGAUUAAAGGACAAAUUAGAUAAAGGACAUAGGGCAAUCAAGGAUUUAGAAAAUAGAAAUAUUUUGCUUCAGAGAGAUUCACAAUCUAUGGAAGGAUAUAAAAAAGAAAUUGAAGAAAUGAAGAAAACGAUACUGAAAAUGCAGAAUGACAGAAAAAUAUCUGAUUUAGAAAGUCAGUUAAUGGAAGAGAAAGAAAAAAGUUUGUCUUUGCAAAAGCAAUUGCAGGAAUCAGAAAAUGUCGUAACAGAAAAUCAAGAGCUGAAGGAACUACGCACCAAAUUCUGGCGUGUAGAAAAGGAGCUUGGUAAUGCCAAAAUUGACAAGAGGAUUUUAGAAAGAGAAUUAAAGGAAGCUCAACUGGAGAUAAAGCAACUAACAGAAAAAGUUCAAAGCAAUGAAGAGAUUGCUCAACAAUUAAAAACAUCCAGUGAAGCAGCGCUUUUGGAACUAAGCAGUAUUAACGAAAGUUUAUCUUUAGAACUAAUGAAAGUUAAAGACAGUUACAGAAAUCUUCAAGAAAAACUUGACAACGAAAAAGAUAAAUUCGAAAGCGAAAAAUCGAUUUUACUAGAACUCAAAGAAAUCGUAAGAACAAAAGAUGAACAGAUCAACUCGGUAAAUUUGGAUUUAAAUUCCGUUAAAAAAGAACGUCACACUUUGGAAAACGAACUCAAACGGUUUGAACAAGACAAAAACAGACUCGUAAAGUUGGUCGAAUCAUUGCAAAAAGAUAAGGGGGAAGCUUUAGAUGAGUCUAAUAAGUUAAGGAGAGAACUGCACAAUACUAAUUUGAAUCUGAACGCUUUAAGAGAAGCUUGCAUUCUCUUAGAAAAUCAAGUCAUUGAAUAUGAAAAAAUCAAUGCAUCUUUUGAAACCAAACAAGCCGAUUUAAACAGCAAUACUGAAAAACUUAUUCAAGACAUUUGCGAUGCAAAACGUGAAACUCAAGAAGCUAAAAAACAGAUCAACGAAGAAAAAUCUCUGAAAGUGUUUGCAGAAACUAAAGUUAAGAGGCUUGCGGAGGAUAUCGAGUGUCUUCAAAAUGAGUGUCAGGGCUAUAAACAGCAAUGUGUCGAAUACAAACAAUAUUCUACUGGAUUGUCUGAUGAAUUAACUGUGGCUGAAGAAAAAAUAAUAGACCUGGAGGUUACGGUCAAAGCCUAUGAGAGGCAGGUUGAAGAUUUGAGGUCUGAACUCAAGCACCUUAAACAAGAAACUUCCGAUUAUCUGACCCAUCUAAAUCGCACAAAAGAAUCAAACUAUAAACUAAAACGUCACCUUAGUGAAGAAAAAGAAGAAAAUGCUGUUCUAAGACAGCAUUUACACGAAAUUCAAAGAAUUUUGAAUGAAAAAAACAGUUACUAUAAGGAGAGAGAGCUUAAAUCUGAUGCUACCAUUAAACAACAAAUUAAGUUGAUAGAUUAUCUACAAACUAAAAUCGACGAGCAUACUAAUAAGAAAAAAACACUAACAGAAGUUUUAUUCGGCAGUUCAAAAAAAGAAAACCAACCGCCAAUUUCGCUGGUUAUGAACUACAAAGAUUUGGAAAACCAACUUUUAAAAGAACGCCAGGCAAAUAAAAAUCUUCACGAAGAAAUCUACAAACUAAAAGCAGCCACGAUGAUUCAUGAAAAUAAUAAAGUAGUAGACAAAUUGAAAGUAGAAAGACACAAGUCCGAAAUUUUAUCACCUAAAAGUAAAGUAGCCAUGAAUCAGAUCGUAAAUUCGCCUUCAAAACAGAAAAAUGAAUUUUUUAGGCAGAAUUCUGUAACUAGAAUGCAUCACAAUAUACCGCACAGGUAUGAAUCUAAGCACAGCAGAUCAUCUACCAAAUGUACGGGAUGCUCCGAACCGAUUUCGCUUGGGCGAACAGUAGCUAUAUGUUCUGAAUGCAACAUGCACGUCCAUAUGGAGUGUAAACAUCAAAUACCAAAUACAUGUGGCCUACCAGACGUUUAUGCCAAACACUACAAAGACAGCCUGAAACAAAAUAAAGAACAGACUGGCAAAAAUCAACCGACUGAUGAAAACGUGAAUAUAGAAGGGUGGAUUAAGGUUCCAGGGAAAUCAAAUUCUUGGGAAAAACGCUACGCAGUUCUCACGGAUACAUCAUUAAGGAUUUAUUCUGUACCUCCAAAAGAACGCUCGUCCAUACUGCUUCAAACUUUCGAAUUGAAACCCGAUAACACUCAUGGAAAAGUCGUAUCAGAACCUUUACCUUCGGAGAUUGGAAUACCAGUGGCUAGCAGUGACCUAUCUUUUGUGCUGAAAAUUGAAGUUGCACCCGAUACAACGUGUUGGCCUGCCGAGUAUCUGGUUUUUUUGACUCUAUCGGCGCAAGAUAAAGACAAAUGGUUUUUAGCUCUUCAAAAAAUCUAUUAUGAUGAAGUAGACCGUCCGAAAUGUGAAAGGAUCCUAAUAGUUCCUGAAAAUGUAGAUAUAACUUGCGUUAUAGAUUUGACAGAGAAUAUAAGAGUAUUAGGAACGGAAUCUGGCCUUUAUUCAUAUUAUGAAAAAAAUUUGCUCCACAUUGAAGGUCUUGAUAAGAUUCAUAAUAUUUCUGUAAUGACCACUGCAAAUCAAGUUUUGAUGAUAGUCGGAGACGACAGAAGACUGAUCACAUGCGAUUUGAAUCAUUUGAUCAAUUUAACACAAUGUGCCCAAUGUACAAAACCCAAAUUGAAGUUUAAUGAAGUUGAGUUAUCUAAUUUGAGAGGUUUCCAUGUAUUACAAGUAUCGCCAUUCACAAAACAACAAAAAAUAUGCGUUGCCACGGAACGCCAACUUAUAAUCCUUAAUUACGAAUUGGAAAAUUCAGAAUUUAUUGUUGCCAAGAGUUUAGACACAGCAGAACCUACUGGUUGCGCCCUUUUUACCGAAAACAGUCUCAUAGUAGGAGCAGAUAAAUUUUUCGAAAUCGAUUUGGUAACAUUUCAAGCAGAAGAAUUUCUGGAUGUUUCCGAUUCAAAAUUAAAAUCGGCGGAAAGUUGUUAUAAAAUGGGAUCUUAUCCGCUGGCUGUUCUGCAGAUUUGCAAAAAUCCUAAAGAAUAUCUCAUCUGUUUCAAUGAAUUCUCGAUUUUCGUCGACGAAUACGGUCGUUCUACACGACAAAAGGAAUUAAAAUCUUAUCAUCUGCCACUCGCCUUUCAUUUUAGCAAGCCUUAUCUAUAUACGGCGCAAUUUUCUGCUAUCGAAAUCUGCAAAAUUACCGAAGACACCUGCAAUUCCGCAGAAGAUAAAAUAGAAACUCUCAAAAUUGAUCUCGACAAAUUUAAAUACUUGGGUUGGAAUAAACGCGGAAUAUACGUGUCAAUACAGAAUGAAGUUAAGUUUAUCGAUGCUGGUAAGUUGAUGUCUCUAGACGACAGUUCACUGGUCAGCGAAACUUCCCAUGACAGUUCCGAAGAUAGAUUUACCUUUAGUAGUUCAAUUGUACAAAGUUUGGAUGGAAAUUUAAGCGACUUUGAUACUUUAGAUGAUCGCCAGAAGAAAGUCAGGUUUUCACAAACUGAUUUAUAA